AUCCUCGCUCUACCCGGUUGUCUUUGACGGAGCAGAAGUGAGUGCGACAUAAAUGGCUCAUCCCUGAAUCCAUCAAAGAUAGAGGCCUGGGCGGCUAGAUUGAUUGGAUAUACCAGCCGUCUGACAAGUGGACGUAAGAUACAGCGCGGUUUGGACAUAUUGAGUCUGCGCUAACAGAAAAAGAGGAGGUUCCCGAAUAGAGUCCUUUAUUUAUUUCUUUGUUUCCAGUGGGGAAAAAUAAUAACAGCGACAUAUAACGCAGCCACUUCAUUUAUUGUAUUUGUCCGUAUACACAAGAAAACUGGAUAGGAUUACAGUCGUUACUCGAAGGCCAAAGCCAAGGGGAGGAGGAUGAAGCGGCGCAAUGCGGACUGCAGCAAACUCCGACGGCCGUUAAAACGGAACCGAAUCACUGAGGGUAUAUACGGCAGUACAUUCCUAUACCUGAAGUUCCUGGUGGUGUGGGCACUGGUGCUACUGGCUGACUUUGUCCUGGAGUUUAGGUUUGAGUACCUCUGGCCAUUCUGGCUCUUCAUCCGGAGUGUGUACGACUCCUUUAGAUACCAGGGUCUGGCCUUCUCAGUAUUCUUUGUGUGUGUUGCGUUUACCUCCGACAUCAUUUGCCUCCUCUUCAUCCCAGUGCAAUGGCUGUUCUUCGCUGCCAGUACCUAUGUGUGGGUGCAGUAUGUUUGGCACACAGAGCGGGGUGUCUGUUUGCCCACUGUUUCUCUGUGGAUACUCUUUGUGUACAUAGAGGCAGCCAUCAGAUUCAAAGAUCUGAAGAACUUCCAUGUGGACUUAUGUCGUCCUUUUGCUGCACACUGUAUUGGCUACCCGGUGGUCACGCUGGGAUUCGGCUUCAAGAGCUACGUAAGCUAUAAAAUGCGCCUCCGGAAGCAGAAGGAGGUACAGAAGGAAAAUGAAUUUUACAUGCAGCUCCUGCAGCAGGCUCUGCCUCCAGAGCAACAGAUGCUUCAGAGACAAGAGCGAGAAGCAGAAGAAGCAGCAGCGGCAAAAGGAAUAUCUGAAGUGGACACACCUCCAGUGUCGCAGAAUGGCGCCCCAGCCAAUAAAAAGACAUCGGCACCACUGCCGGAGUUAGAGUAUAGAGAAAAAGGGAAAGAGGGAAGGGGGGGCGGGGAGGCUAAAAAGCAGCACAACAGCAACAGCAUCCUGCCAUCAUCAGUGGACUCUAAACUCCAGGAGAUGGAGUAUAUGGAGAACCAUAUGAACAACAAGAGACUGACCACAGAGCUGGGCAGCACAGAGAACCUGUUGCUUAAAGAGGACAACAAUUCCUCCUGCUCGUCAACGUCGUCCUCCUCCUCUAAAAACUACAAAAAUGCUAGCAGCAAUGCCACAGCACUCAACUCCUCACCCCGUGGCCACAGUGCUACCAAUGGCAGUGUGCCCUCCUCUGCACCAUCCUCCUCUUCCACAGGGAAGAAUGAGAAGAAGCACAAGUUAACAGUAGGGAAGGGGACAUCAGGUGGCUCCCACAGGGAUCCUACAGACAACUGUAUCCCCAACAACCAGCUGAGCAAGCCUGAAGCACUUGUCAGAUUGGAGCAGGAUGUUAAAAAGCUGAAGGCAGACCUGCAGGCCAGCCGACAGGUUGAGCAGGACCUGCGAAGCCAGAUUGGCUCGUUGGGCAGCGCUGAGCGCUCCAUACGCACUGAGCUGGGCCAACUGCGCCAGGAGAACGAGCUGCUGCAGACCAAGCUUCAUAAUGCUGUGCAGGCAAAGCAAAAGGACAAACAAGCAGUGGGCCAACUGGAGAAAAGGCUCAAAGCAGAGCAGGAGGCUCGAGCCAUGGCAGAGAAACAACUUGCAGAUGAGAAGAAGCGGAAGAAGUUAGAGGAGGCCACAGCAGCCAGAGCAGUAGCACUAGCAGCAGCAUCCAGAGGGGAGUGCACAGACACAUUGCGGCGGCGCAUCACUGAAUUAGAAACAGAGUGUAAGAAACUAACAAUGGAUAUCAAACUAAAGGAAGACCAGAUCAGAGAGUUGGAAUUGAAAGUUCAGGAGCUUCAUAAAUAUAAGGAAAAUGAAAAAGACACAGAGGUGCUGAUGUCAGCACUGUCAGCCAUGCAGGACAAGACCCAGCACCUGGAGAACAGCCUGAGUGCAGAGACCAGGAUCAAACUGGACCUCUUCUCUGCGCUGGGGGAUGCCAAAAGACAGCUGGAGAUUGCACAAGGUCAGAUCCUGCAGAAGGACCAGGAGAUAAAAGAUCUGAAGCAGAAGAUAGCCGAAGUUAUGGCCGUCAUGCCCAGCAUCUCCUACACAGCCGACACCAGCAGCAUGACCCCUGUGGCCCCCCACUACUCCUCCAAGUUCAUGGACACCAGUCCCUCCGGCCUAGAUCCCAAUGCCUCUGUUUACCAGCCACUCAAAAAGUGAACGCUUCGUCCCGCCCCUCGCCUCUUUCCAACCUCCCGUCAUUGUUUUUUUUCUCCCUGCAGGCCCACCACCUUCCAAUUUGCUCCGCAUGUCUGCGGCCAAGAACUUUGUUUUUCUUGGGUUUUUAUUUUUCUCUUCGCCAGGUCAGAAGGAUGUUGUAUUGUGUGACUGUAUUUGUUGUAGUUAAAACAAAAGACAAAAAAAAAACAAAAAAAAACUAAAAACGGACAUCACUUGUCAACUAGGGGGUCCCAGUUUUUUUUUCUCUUAAGUGUCUAGUGAAACCUCACAGAAUCGGGUAUGUAUCUUCAUCUCAAGGGUUUUGCUCUCCCGUUCCCACCACCACGGUAACCAUCUGCAACCAGUUAACUGCUCUUUGGUCCUGGGGAAUAGCUGCUUGAUUAUUUAAGCUUGUUUUUUUUAUCCCCCCUGCAAAAAAUUUGAAAUUGGAGUUCUCUAUCAUACAGUCAUAGACCCUCUCUUGCAUCCUUAUUUCUUUGACAGGUUGUUUUCUCCCAAUACAGUAUGGCAACAUGUAAACAACCAGAGGAAUGUAGUACAAAGUUGGCACAGAUGCUCGCCCUGGUUAUGUAUAAUUUAUAGUUUUAGAAGCCAAAUCAAUCCUGCUCUCAGCUGCUUCGGGAUUUGGUGGUAAAUAGUUUUUAAAGAUUACUGUGUGGUUCUCUUUGUUCACUCCUUAUGAUUCAAGUGUUAAUUUCAACAGGCUGGAGGUGUUGAUUGCAACAAGUUGGAGAAGAACUUGUGUUGUCAGCAGAACGUAGAUUGUAAUAGUAAAUAAACCCAUGCAGUUCCUCAUGAGUUUUUGAGUUGAAGAAAGAGUGCAGUAAGAAAAGAAGUCCCUAUGUGCACAUGUGCUGUUUUCUCAGUGCUCUGCAUAGUCUUUCAUCAAUUGUCAUAAUCACAGUGCCUUGAGCUGAGGACAUGGAGUGAGUUUGAUAAUGAAAUAUGGCCAAACCCUUUUGAAUUAGUGGUGAGUCAUCUGGCUGAGCUGUAGAGGAUAAGAAUUUGACCUUGCCUAGUGAAGGGGGAUAAAGUUGCUGUUGGAUAGCGAUUUUGUUUAUAGACUUCCUGCUGAUUUCCCAGCUGGCAGGGAAGAUGAUCCAUCCCGUCCAUUCGGUGGCAGCUUUGUCCCUUAUGUUGGUCACAUUCAACUCAACAGUCACGUUCAAGAUAGAUUUGACAGGACCAAAUCCAAGACCGAUUUGCCUCUUGUUGAUAUGUUGACAUGGUAUCCACCACAGAGCCUCCAGCACACAGGUCUCCAGCUUGUCACACGUCCAUUCACAGGAGCUCAUCUCUUCCGCUGUUAAACCCCAAAUCCCUCGGUUUAGCUGCUGCCCCCUUGUUUUCAAUUUCCAGUGGAAAAAGUUACACUGUAGAAAACCCAUGCUGUUUGAAAGGGAAAACUGUAAAGACGGGCUGUGCAACUUUAACAAAGCUUUGGAAAUGCCAACUUAAUUAAUAGCAGAUUCAUUUGAUUUAAUUAAUCCUCCAAUUCAGUUCGUGUGCCAAGGAUGGAACGCGUCUCUCUCUAUCUAGUAAUGUGUAGGAAUGUACUGCAAAUGCAUUGGCUGACAAGUUUUGAGAAAUAUCCAGUUGAAUAUCACUCAAUGGAAGUUUUUGUUAAGUCGGUAGAGAGAGUGGUCACCUGUCUGUAGUACACUGAGUAGUUAAGGGACUAGAAAAGUCAAGUUUCUUUUUGUGAAUGUUACAGUAUUUGCAAUUGUUGGGCAAGUGGCUGUCCAAGGCAGGUUUCCUCAGUCCUGUUUCUCGUAUUAUUUUCCUGGAGGGAGAAAAUCGCUUGAGGUCCGAUGUGGUUUCACCAUCAUUUGAAAUGGUCACUGUUUGUGUGGUUUUCACCUACUGUAAAUGGAGAAGCUUUUUUUUUGCUCAAAUUGCCGUCAUUGGCUCCUGGGAAAAAAAUAUGUUGUGAAAAUUACACUUUAGUCAGUUGUUUGGUCAGCUGAUUGUUGGAAUAAUAGAGAAGUGUUUUGUUUUUUGUUUUCUAUGCCCACAGUCACUGCUGUUUCUCCCCAGGUCUGACCUUGGCUGUGCUCUCGCUCUGUGAGGUUUACAAGGAAUAAACUUUUUUCUGGCAAAUUGA